CUCGCCCUGUCUCCCUUCUCCUGCCCUCUCUCUCUCUCUCUCUCUCUUUUUCUCCCUCGUUCUCCAUUUCCAGCUGUUUUUGGAGCACACAGCAAGAACCAGGGAAGUUCUCCACCAAUUGUUUCUGUCCUCAGAGGAGCUUGGCGGUCGGACCCUCCCUCCUUCUAUCUCUCUCCCCUCUGACUCCUCUGUCUCUCUCCCCCUCUCUCUCCUCCCCUUGUUGUGACAGAGCACACCUGCUUGAUCUUGGCUGCACGCGCUCUGAGUCCAAUUACCCCAUAGGCCCUCGCAGCCACUUCACAGUCUCAUCCCCCCACUCGACUGGAUUUUUGGGAGUCAAGCUCAUCUCGCACUUAAACUAUCUUUGCCUUACUUCAACUGAGAACAGGCUCCCUGCUCGCAGCGCCAUGAGGUCGGCCUGUCUCUCUCUGCUCCUGGUCACCGCCUGCUGGGCCCUGCCCUUCCGCCAGUCCGGCUUUUUAGACUUCAUGAUGGAGGACGAGGCGGGAUCAGGUCAGCCUGACGAGGUAACAGAUGUCUCUCAUCAGGGUCCUUCAGUCCGUGCCUCGCCAGAAGGACCAAAGUGCCCCUUCAGAUGCCAGUGCCAUCUGCGAGUGAUCCAGUGCUCUGACCUCGGUCUGAAGGCCAUCCCUGAGGACAUCCCAUCUGACACCACCAUGCUGGACCUUCAGAACAACAAGAUCACUGAGAUCAAGGAGAAUGACUUCAAGAACCUCAAAGGACUACAUGCUCUGAUCCUGGUGAACAACAAAAUCAGCACCAUCCACCCCAAGGCUUUCAGUCCUCUGCACAAGCUGCAGCGUCUCUACCUGUCUAAGAACAUCCUGAAGGAAAUGCCCGCCAACAUGCCCAAGAGCCUGCAGGAGCUGCGCAUCCACGAGAACGAGAUCUCCAAGAUCAAAAAGGCUACCUUCCAGGGCAUGUCCCAUGUCAUCGUGAUGGAACUCGGUUCCAAUCCUCUGAAGAGUGCAGGAAUCGAGGCCAAUGCUUUUUCUGACCUGAAGAGGGUCUCUUACAUUCGCAUUGCAGACACCGAAAUCACAGAGAUCCCCAAAGGUCUGCCCAACUCUCUCUCUGAGCUCCACCUGGAUGGAAACAAGAUCUCCAAGGUGACCGCUGGCAACCUCAAGGGCCUGAAGAACCUGGCCAAGUAA